UGUUGCUGCUUUGUUGAUUAGGUGCAGACGACACAUUUCAUAUGUAAACAUACAGAAAAUUACGUGUUUGUCUCUGAAUACAUGCGUGUUGCGGACGUAACGACAAACAUAUAGAUAAAGAGUUAUAUUCGUGAUCCAGAAUUCGCCUUGAGAAUUUUUAAAUUCUUUUUAUGCUUAUUACUCUACAGAAUAUUUCAUGAAACAAGAAAGAAGAAUUAAAGAUGGGCCUCCUAAGGCUUCCAGAUGAAAUUCUGCUAAUGAUUUUCUCACAUCUUUCCAUUGUUGACCAGGAACGUUUAUCAGGAGCAUGCCAGAGGUUAAAAACAAUUUCAUCUGAAAAACGUUUGUAUAGGUUUGUAAGCUUGUUUGGACAGUUUUCCUGUACAAAAGAGAUGUUCCACCUUGUGCUGAAGCCAAGAUAUCGAGGUAUUAUUCAUUUAGAUAUAACAAGCUGCUAUUGGCUUCCACCUGGUGACAUUUGCAAACAUGUAUCAAAAAUGGAUCAACUAGAGAGUUUAUAUGCUGUGGAUACACAGCUUGAUGUGUUUCAUAUUAUACAGCUUUCGCAGAAACUUCGGAAUCUGAAGAGGUUGUCAUUUAACUGGUCCUCAGAGCCACUUGAAAACAAUUGUCCAAAUCCUCUUCUGCAGUUGCAAUUUUUAUAUGUCUAUGUGACAAAAUGGGGUAUUCAUUUUUCUACCCUGUUGUCAUGGCUUGAAAGCUGUAAAAGUCUUCAGGAGUUAUGGAUAUUGUCCUAUGGCAGUGAAGGCAACCAACUUUCCCCUGUUUACAGGCCAUACAACUUCAGUUUUCCAGCUUUGGAAACAUUAGUAAUAAAUGUGGCAGAUGCUUCCUCCUAUAUCUCACACUUCCUGCGGGAUCUGGUAUUAGGAGCAUCUAGUCCUACAUUUCGCUGUAUGUGGCUUGGUUUCCAUGAUCCUUUUUCAAGGGGUUCCCCUUCAGAAAAACAGUUUUGUAAUGUGGAAUAUUUAUUUCCAUAUCCUCCUUUACUCAAUAUUCCUUCACGCAGAUUAAAAUCAGUGUGCCCUGACAAAACAGUAAACUUAAUGGCAUCUGAAUAUCCAUCACUGAUUCAUCUCCACUUACGGCCACCAGCAGCUGAGGGGACUGAAGAUAUUGAUCCAGCAGUAUUAGAUAAUCUUGAAAGCAUUAUGUAUACAUUACCAUGUAGCUCCUCAUAUAUGAAUGAAGUUACUACAUUAUUUUCUCCAAGCAACAAAUUGCGCAAAGUGGCAUUGAAGUAUUUCCAUGGAACUCCAGGUGUAUCAGACCAAAGAAGAAAAAUAGAUGACUUUUUGCUAGUUUUGAGCAAAUCUUGCCUGCAGAUUACAGAACUAGACAUAAGGGGGUGUACUACGUGUGUCACGAGCUCUAGCACUAAUAGUGAACAUUUGUCGAACAUUUGGAAGUUCAUUAAUUUGCGCAAACUUGCCUUACAUUACCUGAAUAUCCAGGAUGCAAGAUUUCUUCUAAAGAUAACUUCAAACUGUGAGAAUCUUCGAAGCAUUUCCCUGAAUAGUUUGGGUUUGCAAGGACACUGUGUUUACCUUCCAGAUAUCUGCAAUGCUUUAAAACAUUGUAAAGUCUUGAGGGACUUCAGAAUUGAACACUCAAAUUUGGGCAAAAUAGAGUCACUGUUGGAACAUCUAAAACUAUGUCCACUUGUAGAAAGAGUUGUGAUUCGUUCAAUUCGCAAUAAGAUCAAGCCAGAUCUCGCCAGCAUAAUUGACAUAAUUGCGAAGUCUUCCAAACUAGUUUAUUUUAUGUGUGCUAUGCCAUCAGUUACACAGCAACAGGAGAAAACUGUGAACAAAAUUGUGAAAGAAAGAUUCUUAAAGGAGCGGCCAGCAUUAAUUGUGAAAGUUACCCAGGACAUGAAUAUUAACAGAAAUGUUCCUGGUCUUGUUCAUGCUAGUGAAAUGGUAUCCUUCCAUCCUGCUCUUGGGCCAAUUGAGGCAUCUAUACACAUCACAGGCUUACCGUGAUUGAAGAACAGACUUCAGAAAUUGUGCUGCUCCAAACUGAUUCUGACUUUCCUAUAAUACAUUGUUAUUUUGUUAAACAUGUAUUUUUUAUGUAAUGAACACAUACUGCAACUUUUGUACAACAUUAGUUUUGCAGAAC